AUGGAGCUCGUCUCGACAAACAGCGCUGCGCAACGGCGCCCGGUCGGUGUGUCACCGUACCGCGUACCGCCCCUCUCGGGUCUAUACCGAAUGCGCUACUACCCGCCCACGCCAGGCGGCACCUCAUCCGAUUGUCUCCGUACAGAGAGUGGUGCUGAGGGAUCUCGUGACGCGGUAUCUGGCGCUCGCCCUGCUUGCAGUGCAACCACUGGUCCCCUCGCCCAAGCUGGUGCAAGUUCCGUUGCAGCGCUCCAUGAGGCAGUCCAUCAGCAGCUUCUCCGCACGUCCUCGCUCCUUGAUGAUGGCAUAGAUUUGUUCGCCCUAUACUCGUUAUGCGAGGUGGAGCCGGUGCCGUGCAAGCUCUGCACCCUACACAUGCAGACGACGUUGAAUACGUGCUCGUACCGUCUCCGUCAGUCGUAUGAGCUACAAAAGAGGGGCGCAGAUCCAUCUCUAAACUGCCUCAUGAGAGACGCGGAGACUAGCAACGAAGUUGCCGCUUCAUCGGCGACAGAGUCUUCGCCACUGAUUCGCAUCUUGCAGCAGGGCUGGUAUGUCUUUUUCUUCCCGAUGAGCGAAUGUGGGCGACUGAAGGACAACCUGCUGGUGUACGUCGGUGAGGCGUUGAUUGCCGGCGACGUGGCUGAGUGCGACCUGACCAAUGCCCGCUGUCUACGACCGCUCAAGACGGCAACGACGGCGUCGGCAUUACCUGGGGCAGUGAACGGGCCUCUCAGGGGCACGACAACAGCAGGGGCAUCGAAGUCGACCUCCGCAACCUCACAACGCUGGAAGUCUCUUUUCUACUACGUGGUCAGCCCUAUCCCCGUGCACUGGGGUACGAGGGAGUCGGCAGACGUCCACUUGACUAUCUUGUGGCGCAGUAUACCAGCUGCCUAUCCAGAGCAUCACCAGAGGAAGAGGAACUUGACGAUUCUAUACUCGUACUACUGCUCGCCGCGGGCGCCGGACACCUUCACGUGCCGCGCGCACUUCCCUAGUCAUACUCGACUGCGGCUGGUGCGCAGCCCAAACUGCGACACUAAGGUGCAACUGCGCAGUAAUGUGACAGAGCGCAUGGCGACGGUGCACGUGGAAACCAAGGACGGAAAGCCGCUAGAGAUACACCGACACAGGCGCGACUACGUCUUCGUGCUACAGUUCUUGUUAGGGGAAGACUCAGGGAUUCUGGAGGAGUCCAGCGUGUUUGCGGCAGCUGUAGUGGCAAUUGUGUUCCUGCUUCUUCUUUGGUUGUUGCUCACAAAGGACCUCAUUCUGUAA